AUACCUAAAUGUAUAAGAACAAUGGCUUAUUCAUGUUGCGUGUAGAAUUCUUCCUUGUUUAACAGGUCCACUAUAAUUUCCAUUUCAGGAGAUUGGUGAAGAUGUCGUUACCAGAGCAAUUUGCAAACAACCUGGAAAAACAGCUCAGAAAAACUCCAAAAUUUCGCACGUUGCCAUUCACCGUUUUAUUAAUCGGACUGGAACUGUUAAUGGAUCAGGAAUUUUCAUGCCCAUGUACCCCAGGCCUUAACAUGAUAUUGAUCAGCUUCAUCUUUCUUGGACCUGCUCUUCUGGCACUGACUGUGAUGAUGUUCAUGAGAAGGCCUUGCAGAUGUAAAUCGCAGAAUGUCGCAGAGCUUUUUUUAUUUAGUCUGAUUCCGCCUUCAUUGUGGAUGUUUCUGUUGUUGUUUGAGGGUAAAUAUGUAGCGUGUGGCAUGGCACACUGGGAAGGAGAUUACGUCUUGGAUGAAGAGCUCCAGAUUAAAUGGUGCAAACCCACUGGAAUGAGGGAUGCUGGAGUGAACGAAACAGAACUACGAGAACUGACCGAAAAAAUCACUUUCUACUCAAGGCUCUCAGCUUUAGCGUUACUGUCGGUCCUCUGCAUUUCCAUCUUGACUGCCAUCAUUUACAGUGACUGUAAGAAGAGAACAGUGGAGCAAAUGGAUAAACGCAAUGAACCAACACAACAAACAUCUCUCAGCGGCUCAGAAGCGGAAGUACAGCAACAACCAGUUUGAACACUUAACUAGCCUAUACAUUCCUUUUCCUCCUUCUUUGCAUAGCAAUUCGUCAUGUUCAUUUUAAUGUACAUUUUAACUAAUUUAUUAUUUUCUUCCAUUUUUACUUCUUAACAUUUAUUGCUAGCGUUUAGUGUAGGUUUGACUUCUGUUUCCUGCAUUGUACUGUAAUAAUUAUUCCUGUGAGGAUUGACUACAACAUUAGUUAGGGACUUCUGCUAAGAUCAGAGGUGGACAAAGUACACAACUCCAUUACUUGAGUUGUACAUAUACUGCUGGUCAGAUAUUACUCCAUUAUAAGUGAAAGUUGUAAAGACCGAUUUUUACUUAAAGGGUUACUCCUCCCCAAAAUGAAAAUUUUGUCAUUAAUCACUUCCCCCAUGUCAUUCCAAACCCGUAAAAGCUUUGUUCGUCUUCGGAACACAAUUUAAGAUAUUUUGGAUGAAAACUGGGUGGUUUGUGACUGUCCCAUUGACUGCCAAACAAUUUGCACUGUCAAGGCCCAGAAAGUAUGAAAGAAAUAGUCAGAAUAGUCAAUCUGCCAUCAGUGG